AUGUUAGGGGUUUUGAGACGCGCAGUGGCCGGUGGGCUGAAGCCUCGCGUCUCGUCUUUAUUCCCUAAAGCGGGAAUGCACGCUUUUCCUAUCCACGAUCUCGCUAGACAGUCAAUGCUACCCAUAACGUUGCUCAAGCCACUGGUGCCGAUGGAACCAAGCACCAAAGCUGAAGAGAUGUUCACAGACAGUGUAAUGCGUAAGAGAAAGCUGAAGAUCAAGAAACACAAAUUGCGUAAGAGAAGAAAGAGACAAAAGGCUGAGAAAAGAAAACAAACUCAAGGUAAGUAG